GGUUGCUGCGCCGCGGUACACCACAGGCCGACAGUCACGUUGUUGUCGUCGUUGUCGUCGUCGACAUGCUACACUAGAACGAUUUUUUUUUUUUUUCGUGUGUUUAACGGCUUCGAUUUUUCGAACGACUUUUUAUUUUCGGUUGGGUUUCGCAUAUUUUAUUAGCUCGACGACGUUUCCAAUAAAUGACGAUGGACUUUCAGAGUGCAAUGGAAACGUUCGCCGAGGCUUGGGUUGCUGCUAACACCAAAGGUGCACCCCUUUCCGACAUAGCCACACAGAAUCAGGCAUUGGCGCUGACCAGAAAUUGCAAGACCGAAAGGGCCUCGACGCCCGCCCCGCCGCACAGUUCCACUGACACACAGACUCCGAUUGAUAAUACGGGAUCGCCUCCAUCGGUCAAAGAGGAUUUCGACAGCUCCAAAUCAUCAUCAGGCAAAUCUAUACCGGUGCAUUGCAUCGUGGAGGCGAUAUGUUCCUUGGACGAGACCCGGACGCUGCACCAAGCAAGCUGGACACGGAGACCUCAGAUCGAAACGGACAGUUACGUGAUCAUCCCCAUCGGCACCCCGUUCCACAACUUGGUGCAGGUGGCACUGCUGCGUCUCGGCUACCCGGGUGAAUGCAUGGCCGCAGCCAAAGGGGCCAUCGUCAUCAAGAACUGGAAGGCGUUGAAUUUCGAUCAAAUAAGCGACGAUCCGCUGAUCACCGUAGGUGACAUACUGGGCGAGCUGUCCACCGUCGCCACGUUGAGGAUCCAGGUGUUCAGGGGCAAGCCGAGCAACCUGACCGACGUCAAAGACAAGCUGCUGAGGUUCCUGCUGCUGCAGAGCCACGGACUGCUCAUCUCCUCCGGCUGCCCUCUGGAUGAGGGCAUGGUGUCCCAGAUUUGCAGGAACAGCCCCUCCCAUCCCGGUUCAAUACCAGAGAUCCCCGAAGAGAAGCUCCGCAAGUUUGAUCAAUGGUGGUCCUCGCAACAGUUCAGUCUCCAAUCCCCCGUGGGACGUUCACAAUUCGUGCCCACUUAUCCCAACCAGUAUUCGGUACCACCCCAACCUCCGACGCCCAUGGAUCGUACGUUGUCAGAGUCGGAGUGUAAGCACCCCGCCAUGCAGACCGUGCACAACCAGUUCCCCACACAGAAAACCAGAAUGCGUACCAGCUUCGAUCCGGAGCUGGAGCUCCCCAAGCUGCAGAGAUGGUUCACGGAGAACCAGCACCCGAGCAGACAACAGAUACAGCAGUACGUCAAGGAGCUGAACAGUCUCGAAUCUCGACGCGGCAGGAAGCCGUUGGACGUGAACAACGUGGUGUACUGGUUCAAGAACGCAAGGGCCGCACAAAAACGGGCCGAAAUCCGGAACACGCCCAACCUACCCUGUCACUUGGCGGUCAACGGCUACAACAACCACAGUCCGACUAACGGAAGUGGAUUUCUCCUGUCGAACGGGUAUUUGAAUUCCGAAAGAUUGGUGGACCACAGGAUGAAGCCGUUCGAGAAGAAGGAACCACACAACUCACACACCUCGGACGAGUUCUCCAACGCUGGCUCGGACCUGGAUGAUGAGGACAUGGGAGAUGGGCCGCCACAGAGCCCUUCGUUACCCUUGUCGUUGACCACCAGGAAGGACUCACGGGAGAACAGUCCACGAUCCACUAGUCCUCCACCACCUCCUGAUAUACAAGUUGAUCAGUGCAAAGAAGAACCCAAAGAAGAUCAGCCCGUUAGUUACACGCCGGGCGAUCACAUCAACAACAACAAGUGUCACGAGUCAGAUAUGGAGGAUGAAGAGGGCGAAGCCGAGAACGACGCAAAGAGUCACAUCGACGGCGCCUCAAUGGCUUCGCCUUCAAGUAGGUCUUUGUCUCAACGUUUCUGUAAUUCCCCAGAAGAAAACCAACUGCUGCCUCGUGACGGUUUGGAAAGGAUUGCCGCUGCUGGUUUCCCUCUGGUACCAAACUCUAUGUUUAGCCAUAGUAUAAUGUAUAUGAGUCAUUACAUUCCCGGCUUGUCACAUUCCGCUGCUUCUCCACCUAGUUCUAGUGCAUUAGGUAUAGCUGGCUUAACUGCGGAUGAGCGCAGGAAAAGGAAUCGUACAUUCAUUGACCCGGUCACUGAAGUACCGCGAUUGGAACAAUGGUUCUCGGUAAAUACUCAUCCCUCUCACAACCUCAUUUUAAAAUACACCGAGGAAUUAAACUGCAUGGCUUACAGGCAGAAAUUCCCGAGGCUUGAACCCAAAAACGUCCAGUUUUGGUUUAAGAACCGCAGGGCCAAGUGCAAGAGGCUUAAGAUGUCGCUGUUUGACAGUCAAACGGCCAGUCAGUACCACCACGCAGAACGUGAUUAAUUCUUAACAAAAAAAAAAACGUACUUAAGCCUGAUUUUUCCUCAUGUCUGAUUAGCGCCGGGCUUGACCUAUUUUUGGUGAUACCUUUCCGUACUAAUUAAAAGAGGAUAUAAAAGACUUACGUGUGAUCUGUUUUAUUGGUCUUGUUCGCGUAUGAAUAAGUGAAUAGGAAGACUGAAAAACAAUAUUCAAAGCUCUCGAACUACCGUUGUUUUUUUCGUGCUUGAAAAUUGGUUGCUGAGAACUAGUCGAAGUUUUGAAAGCUGUUAUUGCUUUUCAUUGGGUGUGAGGAAAAAUUACACACGUACACUUGGGGUCGUACAUAUUUUUUUGUCUCGAAUGUGCCUCGGUGGAAAAGUACUGCGACCCUUGGUACUAAACCAUUGUUUAUUAGAUAGUUUUCAAUAAAAUUUUUAAGAGGGUGUGAAUUAUUGUAGUGUUAAGACAAUAAAUGAGUCUCAAAGUAACAUUCCACUUUCGAAAUUUGUACAGGAAACGUAACAAUUCGACAGUAGAAUAUGAUUAUUAGAGGAAUAUUUUUUGAAACUGUAGUGGUACUUUGAAGGGCGUUUUUUAACAGGUUAUAUUGCCCCAUUUUUUGUUAAAUUUAAUUUAGUCGGUAGUAGAAGAUCAAGUCCAUGGGUACUAUGUGAAUAAUUAAAUAAUUUAUAUUAAUUUAAAAACUCGAUGUGAUUUAGUUGUAUGCAACCCAUAUAACUUAUUAGAAUAAUUGUAUAUACACCAGCAUAUUUCAUUUAUUUUAAUACAAUUACAUUUCUGAACCGUCUUCCUUAAUAAUAUUUAUAUGGCAUUACAUUUUCAGUGGUUUAAACCCGGUGUUGUCUGCAUUAAAAUAAAUGAAACAGUUGUUGGCUAAUUUAUUAUAUAAAUGUAAACAGUCCCUUUUAAAAAUUUUAUAGCGAUACACAGAUGUACCAAAGAUUGUUAAAAUUACUGAUUUGUAAAGUUGUCCAAAUACGUUAUGUUUAUUAAAAUGGGCAUAUCUAUUAUACCCCUGAAAAAUAAUGUAUUAUUCUGCAUAAUAAUUGUUGUGUCGUAGUAUGUGGCCAUGUCUUUGUGAAUGCAAUGUAUAUGAUACUCUGUUUUUGAAUAUUUUUGUUGAAAUUUAACUUCUAUGUUUACAAAAAAUGUAUGUAUGUACAUAAAACAAAUAAAUUUCUUUUCCCAAA